AUGGGGUCGUUACCAGAUGCUCACGUAACACCUUGUAAACCUUUUCUGAACAGCGGUGUAGAUUUUGCAGGACCAAUUGAUUUGAGACUCUCGAAAGGUAGAGGUUGCAAAAUACAAAAAGGUUACAUUGCCAUAUUCAUUUGUAUGGUCACCAAGGCCAUACAUAUUGAAAUUGUUACAUCUUUAAACACCCAAAACUUUAUCGCAGCAUUCAAACCCUUCGUCGCCAGGCGAGGACACUGCUUGAAUAUAUGGAGUGAUAAUGGUACGAAUCUGCCCGCUGGAAAUAAAGAACUAAGAAAAUUAUUUGAUAAGAGUACUGAAAAUUUAGAAUCAGAGAUUAAGAAUAUCCUGGUUAAUGAUGGAACUACAUGGCAUCAUAUCCCACCUUCGGCUCCACACUUUGGCGGAUUGUGGGAGGCUGGAGUGAAAUCAAUAAAAUUUCACUUGAAACGUAUUCUUGGUAAUACUACAUUAACAUACGAGGAAAUGUCUAAAGUGACCUCGCAGAUCGAGGCCUGUUUAAACUCGUGA